CAGUUCAUCAGCAAGAGAUAUUAUUUUGCGGGGCCUAUUUUACCAAGUCUUCAUCCUUAUCUAUCUUUUGAACAAUUCACCCCUCACUAAUUAUUUCUUGUUCCACUCCCUUGUCUUACUCUGUGAACCUUGUUGUCCUACUUUAUCGCUACUGGAAAUAGAUAAAACCUGUCUGAUUUUGCCCAUCAAUAAUGGAUAUUUGAGACACCUCAGCAACCAGCUCUCUCUAUAUAUCUCAACCAGGUCUCACCCUAGAAGACUCACUGAUCAACCUAGCGAGAAAGGAGAAGAUGUUGCUAGACAAGAUGUGGGAUGAUGUUGUCGCCGGGCCUCAGCCCGACCGUGGCCUUGGCAAGCUGAGAAAGAUCAGCACCAAAACUCUUACCAUAGAUGCCGAAGGAGAGACUAGCAAGUUCCAGAGGUCGUUAUCCAUGCCGGCGAGUCCUGGAACACCUUCGACACCGGUGACACCUACAACUCCGGCUUCGGCUCGCAAGGAUAAUGUAUGGAGGAGUGUUUUCCACCCUGGUAGCAACCUUGCUACAAGGGGUAUUGGUGCUCAGCUCUUUGACAAGCCAUCUCAGCCUAACUCCCCUACUGUCUAUGACUGGCUUUACAGUGGAGAAACCAGGAGCAAGCAUCGUUGAGUGGCAGGCAAUUAGAGGUGCCAUGUAAAUAUAUUGUCGUUUGUUUUCCUGUCUGCGCUGCGUCCUUGUCGUUUCAUUGGUAUUAGGAUAUGGCUAGGAAGCUGACUAGUAUGCUAAGCGAGUAAAAUGUGAAAGUGUGGAGUGUGUUGUCUACGGUUAGUUUGAUCUUUGUAAAUUGAGAUCUGCCCGUGCACGGUGGUGAUGGAACUACUUUUUGUUAUUAAAUAAAUCAAUUAAAUUCGUAA